CCGUUAAUGGAUUCUGGGUAAAGUAGCGUGCGUUGUGGUGGUUCUCUUACAAUAUCUUUGAAUUUCAUGAAAAAUGAGCUAUAAAAAUUGAAAAAACAUAGUUCAUACUAUUAUCAAAAUAAAAGAUUUUAGUUUUUCACCGACAGUUCUGUGCUAUAGAAAGUAUUUCAUCCUGUUGAGCCUCUUCAAGUGCCGUGAAACCACAAGUUUUAUUGGAGGCAUCAUAAUUAGCUCGUCAAUUUUCAUCAGUUGCGUUACGAGUAUUUUGUGAAAACGUAUGAAAACUCGUUUGACAUAAAAACUGGAGCGAUAAAGUUGUAAAAUUUUACUUUCGCAAAACCAUCCACGCAAAGCAAGAUGAUCGACCUCACUGUAAAAACGUUGGAUUCCCAGAAUCACUCAUUUUCCUUGGAUGACGACAUAACAGUUCGUGGAUUUAAAGAGUAUAUAGCAGAGUCUGUCGCAGUGCCAGCAGAUUGUCAAAGAUUAAUCUACUGUGGUAGAGUUCUUCAGGAUGAGAAGAAACUCAACGACUAUGAUGUCAAUGGAAAAGUCAUUCACUUGGUACAACGCGCACCUCCUCAACCUGGACAGCGAGGAAAUUCAGGAGGCCAGAGUCAAAAUAACGGUCAAAAUAAUAGUCAAAAUACAGGACGUACUCACAGAACUCACUAUCGAAUCAUCCGAGAUACACAGAAUGCUCAUGCUGGACCCAACGCUCAAGUACAUGGCAAUGCAAUGUACUUAGGUGCUAUGACUUUGCCAACAGAGGUCGUUGAAGGUCAUGGUCUUCCUGUCCCUCAGCUGAGCAAUACACUAUCAAACAGUCGAAUGGUAAUGGCGAAGCGUAUGCUCAUUAAUGCGAAUCGCAUCAUGGACCGAUUGGAAAAUCCGAACAGUGCUGAGCCUGAAAAUUCUGGUACGGAAAGACCGCAAUCAUCUUCACCUCUGGAUUCCACUGAUCCUAUGGAUACAUCUCGAUAUGAACCAAGUCAGGGAGAAUCUGUGGGCUCUGUCUUUAUGUCUCAGGAUGAAGUAAACGAAAUAGAAUCCGGACUUUUCCAAUCGUCUAGAGUACCUCAACGAGAUUUUUGUGUGAGUAACCGCGAAACAAGAAGAAUGGAAAAUGCCCUAAGAGUGGCCGUAGCAGACGUUCUUUCCACCUCUAGACUUCAGAAUGUAACUAGCAGCCCAGCAGAAGACGAUACGGAUAUCCAUGAAGUAGAAGUUUCAACGAGUAAUGAUAAUCAAUCUGAAACAGCACCUCAACCACAACCGCCGCGUGAAAGUUCAUCAGGCGAGGAACCCAGAGGUUCGGAGCGACCAAGGACGACACCUACACUACCACGACCACCCCAGAUGGCAGAAUUACUGGAAAUGCUGAUGGUCACUCAAGAUCGUCUUAGACCUUAUUUAGAACGCUAUCGAGCUCUUAUGGCCACAGAUCCUGUGCUUUCACCGACCGGAACUGGUGCAGAGAGCGUUGCGGAAAAUCAACACAUUGUGGACGAAGUCAGUAGAAUUUUACACUAUAUAUCACACGCGAACCACGCACUGAGUGACAUAAUCGUUGACAUGGGACAAGCGCCUCCUCGAAACUUGAGUUGUCGUCCUAUAAUUAUUCAGCAAUCUGCUAUUUUGCAAGCUGGGAUUCCGAUUCAACUUGAGGCACAUAUUAGUUUGCACGGGCGCAAUGCACAAAGUAAUAGUACCAGCACCGAGGAUAACAACAGUGUUCCAACCGCACCAACUGCACCAGAAACUGCAGCAGGUGCGGAAUCUAGAGAAAAUCCCACAGAGGAACGUGCCCAACAACAAAAUUUUUCAAGUAGCAACCAACAGCCCCGCUCUGAUCAGCAACAAUCUACUGAUCAACAGCAGCGCCCUGACCAACAGCAACAACAGUCCCAAACGCCAUUUGGUAACUUGCUUAGUAGUAUGUUCAACUUGCCGAGUAACGUUGAGGUUCUGAUGGAAGUUAGUCCUGACAGUUCCAUGGAUCUUAAUAGUUCAGAUGAUCAGAGUCCUGGCAAUGGGGCUAACGCUAAUAAUAAUGCAGGUGAGACAGCUGUGGCAGAAGACGUACAUCCCAAUCUCCGUCGCUGGGCACUCAGCACCUUCAUGACACAGUUCCGUGUCUACACUACACAAGUAUCACAGCUUUCAAAUUCCGAGAUAAUUCCUCUUCUCGUUUUCGAUACUCCAACAAGAUCUGUAGUUUCUGAAUCCUCCGAAUCAUCUGAUUCGGACCAAGAGGUUACACCGGCAGUAUUCUCUGGACAAGAAAUGUUACCGCCAGAUUGGGUACCAGUGAUAGCACGAGACGGAGUCAGACAACGUCGCCUGGCGCAAGGCAUUUCAAGCGGAGGUAUUCCAACCUUUAGUGAUGCUUACUUGGGUUGUUUGCCCUGCAAGCGUCGGAAGAUUAUUCAACAGGAGAAACCACAAAUUCUAGUUAAUCCCACUUCGAGUCAUUCAACGAUAACCGCGUCGAUUGAAAGGCUGGUCAGAGAAAGCGUGAGUCGUGCUGGAGUGGCAGAGGUUGAAGGUGCUUCUGUCGCUGUGGCCAACGACCUUGGUGUAAGAACUGCCUUCGGUCAGGCGAUCAGAGAUUGUUUACAACCCCAGAGAUAUCGAACACCUGACUUCCCAGAUCCAUCCCGUUUCCCCAAUGCGACGAAGUUCUUUCACCAGGACCGACCACCAAAGCAGUAAUAGAAUUAGCUGAAGACAAAGUUUAUACUAUCACGUAUUUUAAAUAGGAAAUUAAAUACUUGCUACAAUCACAUUUGAGUAUUGCUAGUCUUGUUUCCUACUGAGGUUAUGUUUUAUUCUAUAGAGUUCCCGAGAGUAUAUAUGAGUAAUUAAGCACGUUACAAGCAUUGUGCUUAAUCCUUAAAUAUUGCAUUGAAACGAGAUUGACGAAAAAUACUUGAAACGCGAGGUGUGAUAAAGACGUCACUUUUGGGCCUAGAAGGUGAUGGAUUAAUAGUAACGAUUAUUGUAAUUUUAUCACGUGUGAAUAUGUGAACCGUUGUAAACUUAGAAGUUCAUACUGCCGUCGAUAAUUCCCAAUCAAAUUUUACAAACAAUACCUGAAGUAGAAGGAAACAAUGUAUGUAAGUUCAUAUCGAAGAUUGUAUUUAACAUUAUCGUUUUAUAAUUCGAAGCAAUUUAUAGGUGAUAAAUGAAGAAGUGUUUAGUUUGAUAAUUUCUCUCAAUCUUGGAAUUUUUUGACUCUUGCUGAUUAUAAAUAUAUGUAAAUUCCUGACAA